CCUCGGUCCAACGGACGUUGUUUCAUUCUGUCACCUUGGCAGCUCGUGACUCACGGUCGAUCGUCCCUUCCGGGCUGAACGACUUUCGUCCGCGCAUCCCGCUCACCGAGCUCGCCAUCGUUCGUCCGGAUCCGUUUGAACAUGUCGACAUUCCGCUGGGACUGCCCGUCGUUCCGCUCUACGAGGACGACUUUGUUGAUGCACUUCGCGCCUCG